UGCUUCAUCCGCCUGUCUCUCUCUCUCCCUCUGUCUACACACUGUCUCUCUGUCUGCAGUGAGUUCUGCUGGAGGAUCUAACCGCGCGAUUAGAAUGGGCGUUGAAAUCGAAACAAUAUCCCCUGGAGACGGAAGAACCUUUCCGAAGAAAGGACAGACGUGCGUCGUGCAUUACAUAGGGAUGCUACAGAAUGGAAAGAAGUUUGACUCAUCACGAGACAGAAACAAGCCCUUCAAAUUCAAGAUUGGUCGACAGGAAGUUAUCAAGGGUUGGGAAGAUGGAGUUGCACAGAUGAGUUUGGGUCAGCGGGCGAAGAUCACCUGCACUCCAGAUAUGGCGUAUGGGGCCACGGGACACCCUGGUGUCAUUCCUCCCAACGCCACCCUUAUAUUUGAUGUGGAACUACUGAAACUGGAGUGAACCGCUAGCUUUUACAGGGCAAAAGUCCUCAAGUGAUGGAGAAACACUAGCCACGCCCCACCAUUUUUUAUGUCCUUCGCCUAUAAAUGCCAUGUGUAGAUGCUGUUUAGUUAUUUUGAGACUUUUUUUACACAACUCGACACCAUUUUGGUUUAAUUUGGCUUUAAGCAAUGUGAUCUUGUCAUAUUAGGUCACAUUCUUGAAAAUAGCUAGGCCUAUAUGAAUAAAAUAGAAUCUUCAAAUCAGUAUGCUAGUUUGUACCAGACUGAAUACACUGCCUUACUGAAUUUAAGUAGCAUUGGUAUUUAACAGUACAAUAUGUUAUAAUCCUAUAUUCUGAGGGGCAUUAACAACCACUGUCUGCAUUGCCACUUUUAAUAAAAGUAUAUAAUGCUGAAUGCAUAUGAUAAUGUUACUGUAUUUAGUUUAUAUUUUAUACAUAAAUAUCCCUUAGAAGUAUUUGUUGCAAGUGUCAUUUUAAUCUACAUAUGAGAUGUGGAACAAACCGAAUGUGUACCAUGGAGUGCUUUGGCUUCGAUGAACAUUUUAUCAACUUACUCUUAAUAAAGAUAUUUGAAU